GCCUCUAAGUGGGGUGGAGGACCUUCAUCCUAUUUUCUCUCAGUCUGUGAAUCGUUGUUUUACAGGAGCGUCGACUACUUGAUUGAACCAUGGAGAGUCCUGUGGCAGAUUUCUAUUUUGGAAAAUGUAUAUUUGUGACUGGUGGAACUGGGCUGAUGGGUAAAGUACUCCUUGAGAAACUUUUGUACUCUUGCCCAGGACUUGAUAAGAUUUAUGUUCUCCUGCGCUCCAAAAGAGGUAAAGGCGCGGAUUCACGACUUGAAGACAUCAUCAAACUACCACUUUUUGGCAGAAUACGAAGAGAGUGCCCACAUCAGUUGAAUAAACUGGUUGCAAUUUCUGGUGAUGUAGCAGUGGAAAAUCUCGGCUUAAGCCAACAGGACGAAGCGAGACUGAUAAAUGAAACUAACAUUGUGGUCCAUGGAGCGGCUUCUUUAAAAUUGGACGCCAAACUCAAAGAUGCUAUAAACAUGAACACUGAGGGCACUUUGAGAGUCCUUGAGCUGUCCAAGAAGAUGAAGAAUCUUGAUGUCGUAUUACAUCUGUCAACGGCAUUUUGUCAUGGUGAUAUUGAUGUAAUGGAAGAAAAAGUUUACAAGCCUCCACAUGACCCAAAAGACAUAAUUAGACUUACCCACUGGCUUGAUGACGCCACGCUUGAAAAGAUAGCACCUGAUCUUCUCCAACCCCACCCAAACACUUACACAUAUUCUAAACGAAUAGCUGAAGCACUGGUGGAUAGCUAUAGCUCAGAACUUCCAGUCUGUAUAAUCAGACCAUCAAUUGUAACGCCGGCUUGGAGGGACCCAUUGGAAGGCUGGGUGGACAACCUCAACGGGCCAGUGGGUAUUAUGGUCGGAGGAGGAAAGGGUGUGAUUAGAAGUAUGCACUGUAAUGGUGAAUACAACGCAGAAGUGAUACCAGUCGACAUGGCCAUUAGUGGUAUUAUAGCCAUUGCCAGAGAUGUUGCUCUACAUAAAGACAAAUUUCAAUCGACACCAGUGUACAACCUCACACAAAGUGGAACUCAUCCGAUAACAUGGGGAGAAGUAUUGGAACGAGGAAAAAUAUGUGCUUGGAAAAACCCUUUCGAAUGGAUGCUUUGGUAUCCAAACGGAAAUAUCUACAAAUCAAAGGCAGUGCACAAGAUGAAUGUCAUCUUCUUCCACUGGCUUCCAGCUUAUUUCAUUGACUUUCUCCUCUUUAUAUUUGCACAGAAAACAUUUAUGCUGAAAGUACAAAAAAAGAUCCAAGAUGGCCUGGAAGUUCUACAAUAUUUUACAACCAGACAGUGGCAAUUCUCAAAUGACAAUAUUUUAAGAAUGCGAGAAUCUUUGUCACAAAAUGAUAAAGAAGUUUUCAACUUGGACUUUGAAAGGGUAGAGGUAGACCCUUACUUGACGUCUUGCAUUCUCGGAGCAAGGCAGUAUUUGCUCAAGGAAGAUCUCAAAAGCUUACCUCGAUGUCGUAGAAACCUCGCUGUACUGUGGUUCCUGGACAAGCUGGUGUCUGUUCUUUUCUACGCUUUUCUCAUCUGGAUGGUGAUCAACUUCUCAGAAGCUACAAAGUCUAUUUUGGACACUGUUGUUGACCAGUUUUCAUCCCUGCCAUUUCUGAGGACUAUUUCUCACAAAUCUGCCUAAGAAUCGGUUGAAAUUAUUCAACUGGACGAUAUCGAAAAGUGGAAAAUUCAUGAGCAUGUUAACCAAAGCUUGCUCUUACAAAAAUAUUAUUUUUUUUAAAGAAAACAACGCUAAUUUUAAAAAAAAUAUUAUGAUUAUUAUAGAAAUAGUUUAAAUUGAAUUAUUACAUUUAUAGUUUAAUGUAUUAAAAAUUAAGAGGAAUUGACCUUCAGAAAAUAUUAUUUACUUUAGGAUUAUCUAACCCAUGUCACUUAGCCGACCCAAUCAUCAACAGAAAAAAAAACUGUUAAGUUUAUUACACACGUUACAAUUAUAAAACCCCUAACAUUUACUUGAAUAUUAGUUUUUAAUAUAAUUUUAGUAUGAAAAUAAAUUUAAUGACCAAAGUGUUUUUUAUU